AUGUCUUCAGAAGCACUUAAACUUCUAUCUUUUGGAUCCAAAGAAAGCUUUGAACAACUCAUCCAAUUGGGUGCAUUGAAGUUUACGCUCAUAUCAAAAUUUGUGCUUGAAAGAAUACCAGACGAAAUUGAUCUCACCGAUGUGCUGAUUGGAGAAGAAUUAAAAGAGAUACUAGAAGGUUCAGAAAUUGAUUCCACUUCUCGAAAUACUGUACUGUUAACCAUAUACGAGCUAUGGAGAAAUAUUGCGUAUUACCAACCUAAGUUGCAACCUCUGCUUGAAAGUUUGAAAGAAGCUGGAUUCGAUCAUGAAAUGAGAGAUACUGUUGUCCAGAUUUGGUCAGAUUAUGGUUUUACUCUUAGCGAGAAGUUGCGCAGUAUGUCAUUUUCUGGGCGUCCUUGUGUUAAUGAUAUCGGUUGGACAUUACGCAUGUGUGUUGCAAGUAGUGACAAUCCAACGAUGCAUGAUGUAGAGGCAAUCUUACAAUUUGAUACAGACCAAGGUUUGAAGAUUUGCGAACUCAACAAAGAUAAACUUGUAGAAUUAUAUACGAUUAUACAAGAAGUGCAAAGGAAUUUAGAUGUUUUGCUCAAAAAGUGUUAG